GAUGCUUCACCGACACUUGAAUGGCCUGGCUCGGAUGACGAAGGUGGUGGAUCACGUCCCCAAGAACACCCACAGGUAACUGUGCUGAACCACGACAGUUCACCUCCCCGUGACAGAGGCUCGACAUUCUCAACGGGGUGGUCACAGGCACCCCAAGCUGUGAUGGAGUCCCACUCAGAGAAUCUGAACGAUUCUCAAAUGUCGGGUGGAUGCACACAUCAGAAUUCCAUGCCUCAGACACAGGCAACCUACCAUAGUCAAGGUACGGAUUCGAGUCAGUGAAGGAAUUGGAUUGUAUCAUACAUUCAGUCGAGCUGUAUCUUACCACACCCGAUAGGUGUCACUCACUACUGGUAAUAGGAUAGCUUGAUACUCCUUGAUUUUCCGGUGGCUUUUUUCUGGUUUGGCUUUGUGGUGUCCUACAAUGUUAUUUUCAAUGGCCACUGCAAAUGAAAAGCUAAAUGUUGAAGGUAACAACGACGAACCGGCGGUCCCUGAUGUUCCGAAGGAUCUCCUGUUGAUCAUCUUCAUUCAUGGGUUCAAGGGCACCGAUUCGACCUUUGGGAGCUUCCCCUCCAGACUUGAACACAUCCUCACCGAAACUAUGGACAAUGUAACCGUUGAAUGUAUCGUCUUUCCGGCUUACGAGACCAAGGGAGAGGCUGCGCAGACUGCGGCCGUCGAGCGUUUCGUUGACUGGCUCACAACCCUCACUGUUCAGAAAGAGGUUGCUCAUGGCGGAGGUGCCGGAGCUGCCAAGAUCGUCCUUUGCGGCCACAGUAUGGGCGGGUUACUAGCAGCCGAUGCACUCUGUGCUUUGAUUAAAUCAAGACCUGACGAGGGUGCCCCACUGUGGUCAAGAGUUAUCGGUUGCAUCGCUUUCGACACACCCUAUUUAGGUCUGCACCCUUUUGUAUUCAAGAACAGUGCAACACGAGCAGCAGAGGCCGCAGAUACUGCACGCACCGUUGUCUCGGACGUGCUCUGGUUUAUGGGGAAAAAUCGGGAUUCACCACAGGCCAAGUCGAAUCCAUCUCUCCCCCAGAUUGCCCCAGCAACAGAGUCAGAAAGUACCUCCAAAUCUACUGGAUGGGCACGUUGGGCACCUUCAGCCUAUGUAGUAGGGGGAGCUAUCGCCGCUGGUGCCGCAGCAGGAGCUGCGUACUGGCGACGUGAAGAUAUCACAUCAGGGUACAAUUGGGCAUUCGGGCAUAUGAAAUACGUGGGUACUCUUUGGGACGGGGAAGGAAUGACAAAGCGACUAGAUAAUUUAAUGCUCGCCGAAAAGCAAGGAAUAAUCUUUAAGAUGUUCUAUGUACUGCUCCCGCCCUCUCUUCCUUCAUUCCCCUCCCCACGAACAUUCGUCGUGUUGCCUUCCCGUUCAUCUCCGGCUUUCUCCAACUACAUUAUCAGUAAGAACUCGGUCGCGACGGAUGAGAUACAAGCGCACACGGGCUUGUUUGAACCAACUACAAAUGAUGGUUAUUAUGAACUUGGACUCGAGACUGCAAAGAUAAUUUGCGAGGCGGCGGCAAGAAGCGGGAUGCAUUCUACUGUACCCACAUGAGCGAGUCCAUGCACAGAGAGUUCAGGUCAGCUACGGCAGUGUCAUAAUGCGUUACAUCCUAUACGUCCACAUGUCCAUAUAUCUGUAUUAUGACUGGUUGAAUGUUAGCUGCAUAGCGUAUGCAUCUUCACCGUCGGCGUCUGUAAACUCGUAAGUUUACAAGUUUUGCCAGCGUCA